AUGUCUGCCUACGCUCAUUUCCAACUCUUUAAUCUUUAUUUCUUUUCUCUCCUUUUCCUCCUCUACUCAGGAUACCCUUUUGCCUUGUUCCAACGCUGUUUCCUCUUCCAGAAGGAGACCUACCUCAUUCACCUCUACAAUGUGAUCACAGGCCUCUCAAUUGCUUACUUCAAUUUUGGGAUGCAGUUCUUUCAUUCCUUGCUGUGUGUCCUAAUCCAGUUCCUCAUCCUGAGACUAAUGGGUCGCACAGUCACUGCCGUCUUCACCACGUUCCUCUUUCAGAUGACAUACCUUAUGGCUGGAUAUUACUUCACAGCCACGGAGCAUUAUGACAUCAAGUGGACAAUGCCACACUGUGUCUUGACACUCAAGCUGAUUGGUCUGGCCAUUGAUUACUAUGAUGGAGGAAAAGCUCCGGAGUUCCUGACCCCUGAGCAGCGGCAAUUUGCUGUCCGUGGAGUUCCUACCUUGCUGGAGGUCUCAGGAUUCUCCUAUUUCUAUGGUGCCUUCAUGGUGGGGCCUCAGUUCUCCAUGGUAGACUAUCAGAAACUGGCAAGGGGUGAGAUGACUGACGUUCCAGGCCAGAGACCCAAUAGUUUUGUACCUGCUCUCAAGCGCCUGAGUUUGGGUCUCUUGUUUCUAGUAACCUAUACCUUGUCAAGCCUGUACAUCUCUGAUGAAUACCUCAUCUCAGAUGACUAUAUGGAGAAGCCUUUCUGGUUCCGUUGUGGUUACAUAUUGAUCUGGGGAAAAAUUAUACUCUACAAAUACGUCACCUGCUGGCUUGUUACGGAAGGUGUCUGCAUCCUUGUUGGUCUGGGGUACAAUGGGAAGGACAAGAAUGGAAAGCCUUUGUGGGAUGCCUGUGCCAACAUGAAGGUCUGGCUGUAUGAGACAACACCUUUGUUCACAGGGACCAUUGCUUCUUUCAACAUCAACACCAAUGCUUGGGUGGCCCGCUACAUCUUCAAGCGCCUGAAGUUCCUGGGUAACAAACUGCUGUCACAGGCACUGGCCCUGUUCUUCCUGGCCAUUUGGCACGGGCUGCACUCUGGCUACCUGGUGUGCUUUCAAAUGGAGUUGCUUAUAGUCAUCGUUGAAAGACAGGUCAUAAACCUUGUUCGGGACAGCCCUCCCCUGAGCACUCUGGCCUCCAUCACUGCCCUGCGGCCCAUCUUCUACGUGCUGCAGCAGGCCAACCACUGGCUGUUCAUGGGUUACUCUCUGGUGCCAUUCUGCCUCUUCACCUGGGACAAAUGGAUGAAGGUGUAUAGGUCUGUUUAUUUCCUUGGCCACGUGUUGUUCUUCACCUUACUGCUGGUGUUGCCUUACAUUCGCAGAUUAAUUGUGCCACGAAAAGAAAGGCUUAAAAAGCCAGAAUAACAGCCAAAAGACUGUACCACCUGUGCAUUUGUAGGAGUUGAUCUAACACUCCAGAAGGAAAGCAUCACCUGCCAAGUUUUCUGUGCUGAAGUACGACUUUUCUGACUGCAAGAAGGGGGAAAGAGAAAGCACAGGGUCAGAGACCCAAAAGGAGGGGAAUGGAGUAAGCCUCCUUCCAGAUCCUCCACCUUCUAUAUGUUGCCUUAUCUCUCUGCCUCCCUCAGUGGACACU